UUCGGCUCAAUGUUGAAAGUUCUUUCCCGAUUCAGUAUCAUUUUCUAUUGUUUGAAAUGAAUUUCACCCAACUUAAAGUUUACUGUACAAUUUUUAAUGCUUUAUGACAAGUGUUUCGUGGUCAACCUCAACGUUGUUUCAUUCGUUUUAUAUCAUUUUUGAAUCUUUUCACCGGUAUUAAUCUAUUAUGGCAGUUAAAGUCAAAAUUUCCGGACAGUCAAAUAGUGAUUGUGAAGCUUCGAAACAGAAAAAGGUUUCCUCCGCUUUGACUCGAAAAGAUGAAAUUUUGUUUAUCUUUGUCUUGUUUUACGGUAGUUUAGCUGAAGCUGCAUGUUAUUCCCUUCAAGCACCAUUUUUCCCCAGAAUCGCUGAAGAGAAAGGUGCUUCACCGGCUGUCUAUGGCUUCAUCUUCGGUAUUCUUGAAACAACCAUUCUAUUUACUUCACCAAUUUUUGGCAAAUUAGUUGCUUAUAAAUCAUGUAAUAUUUUGAUGCAAUUUGGUCUUGCUUGUGCUGGCUUGUCAGUCGUUGCUUUUGGCUUGACUAUUUACGUACCAUCAGGAUUCCUUUUCAUUGUGAUUUGUUUCAUCGUUCGAAUUGUUAAUGGAAUUGGUGUUUCAGCCAACCUUACUGCUUGCUACUCAGCUAUGGCUGAACAAUUUCCAACGAAAACGGCAAUGGUGUUUGGUAUUCUUGAAGUUGCAUUCGCUCUUGGGUCAACAUUGGGACCAACUUUUGGUGGUUUUCUUUAUGAACUCGGAGGUUAUUCGUUUCCAUUCAUGGUUCUUGGAUUAAUCCUUUUUUCAGCAGCAAUCGUUAAUCUCAUGUUUGCACCAAAGAUAGGCACACCCGAAGUUCGGCAACCAGUUUCUCUAACUGAAUUCCUGACUGAUUUUGAAACUUUGGUUGAUCUUUUUGGCAUCUGUGUUGCUUUCAUGGAUGUGGGUUUAUUGAAUGUUUUAUUAGAACCUCAUUUAAGAGCCUUCGAUUUAGCACCGACGGUUUUAGGUCUAUUCUUUGUUUGUUUAGGCAUUUCUUAUGCAAUGUCUAGUCCAAUAAUCGGUUGGUUUGUCGAUCAUGGAAUUCCUCCCAAGGUGAUGAAUCUCAUUUGUUGUCCCGUUAUUUUGACUGGCGCUUUAUUCAUUGGCCCGAUUCCCAAAAUAAACAUUGAGCCUCAAAUAUGUAUAAUUAUUCCCUGUCUAGUUUGUAUUGGAUUCGGUGAAGCUGGUCGAGUAUUGUGUGGAUUUAUUUCUGUUAAAAAAGAUGCAAUAAAUAGAAGAGGCUAUUUGGAAAGCAUGGAAACCUAUGGAAUGAUAACGAGUGCUUAUUUGUCAUGCACUAGCAUUGGACUUGCAAUCGGACCUUCAAUCGGAGGAUUAAUCUUGUCGGUAGUUGGACCACGAGGUACUACUUCUUUCAUUGUUGGAUUGAACGUCUUCAUGAGUGUUCUUUUAACGAUGAGCCUUAUUCGCCAUUUUCGUCAAAAAUCGGCCAAGAAGCUGAGUAAAAUAACACGUUCACUUUACUAAUAUAUACUUUUGUCUGAUCAAAGCAAUUAUUCAAUAAAGCUUGCAAUGUAAAUAUUAUUUAUUUACACCAUUCUUUGAAAUUUUG